AUGGCUGCAGAUGCAGAAUCUGCUCCGGUGAUGGACCUUCCUAAGUCUCCUGCAUUAGAACCAGGGGGUCUUGAAGAGAAUCCAUCCCCUUCUCCUUCAGCCUUAAUGUCACAAGCUGGUGAUUUAAUUCCUAGUCCUAUAACGGGACUUAUGAAUAAACCAGCUGCUGGAACAGAUCUUCUGAAACCUUCAGCGGCUCAGGAUGAUGAGGAGAGAGUUGAUUAUGAAGGCUCAUCGAUUGGUGGUGCAGCUGACGAAGAUAGAGACGAUGAGGAUGCUGACGUUGGCAACAUGCCGGAUGAUGGUGAAGAUGAUGAAGAGCAUGACUCCAUAGAUGACAUCACUACUUUUGAUGAUGCUCCCAAGGUCCCAUCCGACAAAGCAUCUGGUUAUACUCCUUUUUAUCUCACCGGUAAGCUUUGUUUGUUUCGACUUCUUCCACAUGCUUUUUCCGUGUUCCGACCAUUUUUCCGUGCAGGUUCACCUACUCCUGGGACUACUUCUGCUGCUCCUUUAGAGCAAGCACCUGCGCCGGCACCGACUCCUUUGCCAGAGCAACAUUUACCUGGCUCAUCUACGGCAACUGUUUCACCGGCUACAGUUGUGACUCCUCCUUUGGAACAACAGCUCGUGCCGGUGUCAGCUCCUGCGCAAGAGCAGCCUCUACCUGCCUCAUCUACUGUAGCCGUUUCGCCUACUGCAUUACUGAAGAUCUCACUUACUUCAACAGAGGCACGGCCAACCACAUCUCAGGCAAGGGCGAUGAUGGCUUUGACCUCAAGCCCCUCACAAUUGAAUGUUUCUACCGCUUCUGCAGCUUCAGCGCCAGGAUCCCCUGCACCAAUUUCGAUGGCUAGAGGGGCGUCUUCGGCUGUGGUUUCCAGUCUCGCUGACACACCUGAAUUUCUUCAGAUCUCUCUGGUGUAUCUAAAUAGCCUCGCGAAGACGGUGGUUGAAUACAUGGUGAAUGGCCGGGGAACUUUAAAUUCCUUUCGACCUCUUCUGGAGGCAGGCCUGAACGGAGUUAGGAGUGUGGGAAACACUCAGUGGUUCGAGCGCUGUUCAGAAAUUAUUCUUCGUUUUGAAGAGCAAUUAUAG